AUGGCUUGGAGUCGAUGAAAAUGCUUGGCCAGUAUCGUAUCAUGGUACUACAAAAUUUAAUGCAAAAUCAAUUUCUGGGGAUGGAUAUUUAUUAAGCAAGGGAAAGCAUUUUUCAUUUGGACAUGGUAUUUAUUCAACGCCAGAUAUACACGUGGCCGAACGAUUUGCCCAGGAAUUUAUGGUUGAAGGAGAAAAAUAUGUGAUAGUAUUUCAGAAUUGA